AACAACCCAUAAAGCAUAGCGCGGAGUGACGCUAUCGAACGGAAGGACUCGAAAAAAUCUGGCGGAAACCAACCGCCAGUGACGCCAUUUUAUUACUAUUAGUAUCGUGAGUAGUGAUCACCCGUUACUAAUACUAAUAUAUAUAUAUAUCAAAUAUUCGAACAAAGAACACCAUGUCUAGAAAGAAUGAGUGCAGAGUUUAUGUAGGAAAUUUGCCGCCUGAUAUUAGAGCCAAAGAUUUGGAAGACAUGUUCUACAAGUUUGGAAAAAUCAUCUUCAUUGACCUGAAGAACAGCCGAGGACCCCCAUUUGCUUUCAUCGAAUUUGAUGAUACGAGGGAUGCGGAGGAUGCGGUCUAUGAACGAGAUGGAUAUAACUACGACGGCUACAGACUUCGUGUUGAGUUCCCACGUGGUUCAGGGCCAGGAGCUCGAGGCUUUGGCCCUGGUAGUGGUAGACGCCCUGGGCCCCCUUCCUCUAGAUCCGACUAUCGAGUCGUCGUAACGGGGCUCCCACCGACGGGCAGCUGGCAGGAUCUAAAGGACCACAUGCGAGAGGCUGGUGAUGUUUGUUAUGCAGAUGUGUACAGGGAUGGUACAGGCGUGGUGGAGUUUCUACGCUAUGACGACAUGGUGUAUGCUGUCCGCAAGUUAGACGAUUCCAAGUUCAGGUCGCACGAGGGGGAAACUUCAUACGUGCGUGUGAAGGAAGACUAUAGGGGGAGUGUAGGUGACAGGAGCCCUUCUCCCUACUGCCGUCGUCGGUCACCAAGCUAUUCACGUUCACGCUCGCGCAGCCGCUCACAAUCAUAGAUGUCACCAGCCCGAGAUACCAACCGUCUAUGACACUAAAUCUAUAUACUUACUAAAAGAAUGAAAUCCAUGUUAGAUUGGGAAUAUGGCAACAAAAUGAUCGAGCAUCAUUUUGUUUUUGUUUUUUAGAUUUUGCUGUACUUUGUUUAUGAGCGAUAAUUAGAUGUGGUAGGUCAACCACUCCCACAAUGUAAUGGUUUUCAGCAAUGUAAGUUUGCGUGGUAAUUGUGUUUAGAUUGCUUAACAUUUUCUUCUCCCUUUCGUCAAGGUUGCGGCAUACAUGGAGGGAUCAUAGGAUCGUCUCCUUCCUAGGAUUAGGAUAAAGUCAUAACAAAUUUGGAUAAUGUGCAAAACAGAAGGAACAAACUGUGUUUAUCGCGCAAUACUGUCAGUAUGUACACAUAGGAUAUCCGAGGACAACUUGGAUUGUCUCGGGAACUUUGGAUUUCAAGACUCUGGAUCUCAAACAGGAUUCAAAUAGGAUCCAAGAGCCCCCAAAUUAUUCUAGGAGGACAAGUGUGAGAGUAAAAGUGUAAUAUUCUCAGUUAAGAAAGAUGGUGAAUUGCUAUGUGAUGCAUUAUUUCAAGGGUGUUUUCCCCCAUUUGACUUGUUUUAUGACUUGUGGAAUAAUGAUUGAUGAUGAUGCACUCAAGAAGCUGCUGAGAUAUAGUUAUACAAAUAUACAAUAGCUGCAACUGAAACAAAUCAGAAUAAUUCAAGUUUAUAUCAGAUAGCAUGUGGCAGGUCUCACUCACUCAAGGCUUUUCUAUGUAUUUUUAAAAUGUGAAGGGGCGAUUAAAAAGACCAGUACAUGGAAUGAGAUUAUUGCCUAAAUCCAGUGCAUGGUUAAUUAUAAAUUCUAAACCAUUCCACAAAUUCAUAUUGAUUUAAAGGAUGGAAAUAUUAAUUAAUAGGGUAUUGAGUUAUUGAAUGAUAGCCAUAGAAAUCUUAAACAACCUCAACAUAUCAAAAACCCAUGAAGUGGAUAUUUGCUUUGAGAGUAGAGGAAGACUUCAUGCACAUUGGUACCUGUCUGCUUAAAUACGUUUUUGAAAAUGUGAUGUUUAACGAUAAUAUAGGAAUAAAUAGGUCAACAUGUCAAAAUCAUAA